GUGCUGCUUCCGUGCUCCCCCUACAUACCCCGCACCUCGACAUCCUCACCAUGUCUCACCCCUCCGGAUCACGCCCCCCCGUCUCCCCCGUAGCAGGCGCAGACACCGUCGUCCUCUCCUCCUCCAAGCCCCCUCCGAAAGGCGCCCCCAGACUGCCCAAGACGCUACUCAAAGCCCAUGCCCAGGGACCGCUCACGAGCCCACCGCCGUUCGCCGCGGAGGGUAGGCCCGCCCAGCCGAGAACGGAGAGCAAAGGGAACGUCAAAUGAUGCGUGUCGUUCGUACUGCUGUUUGUGGUGGGAGCAUGCGGGGAAGGAGGGAAUGAGGAAGAAGAGUGAUCGCGGAUGGCCGCGCUCCCCGCGAAGUGCGUUCUUGAUUCCCGCGCAUAUACAAGCUGUAUGCGAUAUGUAUGUGUGGAGCCGGCUCGUCACUCGAAUGAUCAAACCAAAAACUGAUGGCGGACGCGUCCCUGCACUCUCCGACCGACAAUAACUCGCAUACAAUACACUUUCCACCCUCUCCG